AUGGCCGACCUCCUGUUGUCAGCUUUGCCGAGCAGCAUAAAUAGAGGCUGGAAUAGAUUCGUGAACCCCUCUACCCAAGAAGACCUCCGCAAGACAGCCCUCAAGAAGCACCGCCAUCGUCAACAUCCCCAACCCCAACCACCGCCCACCGUCGCCAACCCCCAUCCACACACACCGACUCAGCAACCCUCAAGUAUGUUGACGACUCCCAAGAAGAUCUUUUCCCGCCUUCCCUUCUACUCUCCUCUCAACUUCGUCCGCACACGCGGAUCGCCCGCUGUCUCCCCGCAAACCAGUCCUGCCAGACAGGACGCCGCACCUGCCACUCCUUACACCCCAUUCACUCCAAAGACCCCCGCGCGUAGGCGCUACUACGCAGCCGCCGACCCCUUCAGCCCCUCGCCUCGCAUUCGCCCCCACAAGACCCGCGAGCACCGCGUCGGCGGCGUACGCAACACCCGCUCGUUGAACGAGCUUCGCAAGGAGCGCUCCUUCCAUGCUAUCGAGAAGGACCAAGCGCUCUCCCGGGCCCGCGAGACAUCGCAGUUCCCGCACCUUAACGAGCGCGUCGGACUCGUCAUGGGUGCCGUUCAAAGGCCCAGCACCAUCACCAGCGAGGACCACGUCUUUACUGAGCAGUUCCAUCAGCUCGGCUUGGACCUCGAUCACCUCCUCGCGACUAAGGGAGGCGAUACGGCUACCCCCACCGACCCUACCGACCCCGAGGCGCAGGACCAAGCGCCCGCCACACCUAUCCCGAAGGCCAAUUACGAGAUCCGCCGCGAGAGGGAGCGCCUGGAGCGCCUGGCCCGUCAGAAGGAAGCGAGGGAGCGUGUACUGAGGGAGGCGUUAAAGGAGGAGGAAGAGCGUCGGCGUCAGGCCGAGCUUCGUCGACAGCGCGAGAAGGCGGAGUUCGAGAGGAGGAAGAGGGAGUUGGAGGUGCUGGAGAAGCGGGAGCGGUUGAGGAGGAUCGCAGAGGAGGAAAGAAAGAUCGCAGAUCUCAUCCGACAGCGCCAGGAGGAGGAGGCAAGUCGCCGGGCGGCCGCGGCUCGGGCUGAGGAGGAGCGUCGGGCUCAUCAACAGCACGCAGCCCAGGAACGCCUCCAUCAAGCAUGGGCUGCGCGGGAGGCUGAACGCCUGCGCCACGUGCACGAAGAGCAUCUCCGCAAGGUUGCCGCUGACCUCGAGAAGCAGAGGGCCGAGCGUGCGCACCGCGAGGCCGUCGAGGCAGCCCGCGCUGAGGCUGAGAGGCUGUCGAAGCACUACGCAGAGCUCCAGGCGCAGCGGGAGGCGGCCGCGCGUGUGGAGAUGGAGGCGCGCAUGCAGGCCGAGCAGGAUGCGCGGGUCCGUGCGCAGAUGGAGGCCCGCUUGCAGGAGCAGCAGGCUCAUUUUGCACAGAUCACCGCCGCUUUGCACGAACGCAUGCGGCAGCUCGUCGCUGAGGCCCAAGCAGCAGCCGAGGCCUCUGUCGCUCACGCGGCCUGGCAACAAUUCCUCCACGCUCAGCACGAGGCUAAUCGCGAGCAGGAGAAGUACUGGUAUCAGCAGCAGCAGCAAGCUCAGCAAGAACAACAGCAGCGCGCUCAGUAUGAACAGCAACAGGCCCACUAUCAGCAGCAGCAAGCUUAUUUCGAGCAGCAGCGGGCCUUCUACGAGCAACAGCGGCAAGAACAAGCUCGCUACCAGCAGUACGAUACCGACAUUCCGAUGGGAGAACCCUCCAUCCGCCUAGAAAGGGACGCGUCUAUGCAUGACGUACAAGACGACACGCCUCCUCAGACUUCUCAGGCUUCUCAGACUCCUCCUCCAACCCGUCCAGCAUCUCCAAUUUCCCAAGCAUCUCAGACUCCUCCACCUCGUCCAGCAUCUCCAGUCUCUCCAGAAUCUCAGACGACUCCUCCAACUCGUCCAGCAUCUCCAGUUUCCCCAGCAUCUCCGAUAUCCCCUCCUCCACCCUCGACGCCUUCAACGUCACCCCCUCCGUAUUCUUCCCCAACUCCACCACCCGCACCUUCGACUCCCUUGGAGUGGUACAAACACCACGAGGCCUGCUACGACAACUUCAGGCGAGGCGUCGUUCCGCAGACCUUCCGCGAGGUCCCCUGGCCUGUCUUCGGAUUCGUCGACAGCAUAGAUGACCUCGUGAAGGAACGCAUCUGGGAGUACGUCUUUAACCCGCACCGCCCAGGCCACGAGAAGCGCAAUAGGCGCAUGAUGGCGACACACGAAGUCAGAAAGUGGCAUACCGAUAAGUUCUUCCCUGCAGUGUUGGCAAAGGCCGACCCGGCGCUCCAGGCAGCCAUUGAGGCAGCGGCCAACGUUGUCACCGAUUAUCUGGUCCAGGAGCGCAACAAAUCGUGA